UGAAUUUUGACCUUUAGGUCACCGCGCAUGCGUAAACAACGAUGCAAAGUGCUAAGCUAGUCGGCGAAUUGCGUCAGAUUUUAAGCCCUCGCUAAAGUUUAUGGUCACUAAAAUGAGUGAAGUAGCUGGACCAAGUAAAAAGGCAAAAACAUAUCACUUCCAUACGGAAUGGGAGGUGGACUUUUUUUUCACAAUGUCUUUUUCGAAGUGCGUUUGCCUGGCUAACCUGGCUAUCAGCAGCUACUGUCCGGACUAUGCAUCCAUGGCUGAUUCAAUUCAGUGCAAGUCAUCAAAGUAAACUCAGAAACAAUGGAGGAGGAGUAUGAGGAGGCUGUUAUGCAGCUGAAGAGACAAGUGGAAGAUGAAAGGAUGACUCCUGAUGAUGCCAUCAACUUGCUGAACAACACUUUAAACGGCUUUGUGAAGAUGGCGGCGGUCCAGAGGAACAGAGUCAAGUCUCUCUUGUAUCAGAGCGGUGUUCUGGACCACUGUAUUGCCCUUCUCACCCUGGAUCCUCCAUCACUGCAAGGAAACUGGAGCGCUGCCGCCACACUUGCCUCGCUCACCAGUUCCUGUUGUGUGGGGAUGGAACUCAGUGGACUGCCGGAGACCUUUCAUACGGUGUUCCUGCCAUCAGUCGUGGACAGCCUCCUGUCAUUGGCUAGUCAGCUUGCAAGGCGAACACAGCCUGUCUCUCUCUUCAGGAAGGUGAUGGACUCGGUCAGCUGGAUCCUGCGAGCGCACACACAGCUCACCAUGCAGGUUCUCAGCUCUGCCCACUAUGAGCUCAUCCAGGGCUGUGAUGCCACCACAGCAUUGCUGUGCAUCCAAAUGUGGAUUGACACAUGCAUAGCUAGCAGUGACUAUCUAUCCAGGUUGUGUGAUGACUCCAUCCAGCUACUGCUCAAUGAGGCUGUCAGCCAAUUAGCUGUCACCUCAGACACAGCAGUGGGCGGGGCCUCUGUCAGAUUGAUCCUCCACAUGUCCAGUCAGCUGCCACUCCAGACCCUCCUUUGCAAGUUCAAAGGUCUGAAUAGCCUACUGGACAAAGACUGGCGGGGUCGUGGCUUUGAUCAAGAAGUCCAUCAGCUGAUCACACUCAUCCAGUCCUGUGAAAACACAUCUUCUGUGGAGUGUGUGAGAGCGGCGUGUGUGAUUCAGGCGGCCUGGAGAGCAUAUCUGACCAGACGCAGACUCAAGAUUCUCAACCGUAUCGUCUCCAUGCUGCAGCAAAGCUUUAGAGCUCGUAAGAAACGACAGCAACAGCACAGUGCAGCACAGCAGUGGGAGGAGGAGUUGAAUUUCCAGAUGCGUAUGCAGCGUCAGCAGGCAAGAACCAAGUUCCACCAGAAACAGAGACAGCUGCUGCAGUUUCUACCACCUGACCAGGUGCAGUUGUACCUGCAGGAGUGCGAGCGUCGUGCAGCCGUGUUGAUCCAAAGCGCUUGGAGAGGAUUUCUGGUCAGACGACGCCUUGACUUCCAGCUACGUACAGCAACACGCAUGCAAACUCAGCAACAAGCUGCCAGGACACUGCAGAAAGCUGAGCAUCAUUUUGUUCAAAAGCGUUGUGCAGCAGAUGUCUUGGAUGGCAGAUGUUGCUGGAUUGGACAGAAGGGUUUGACGGACAGCCAGCGGUCUCUGUGGAAGACACGGGUGGAAGAAUACAUUAGGUUGCAUCCUUCGAUAGGGGUGAGUCGUGAGCAGUGUGAACAUCUCCACGUCGACGUGCAGUGGCGGUUGCGGGCGCUGCUGCAGCAGAGGAUGCGACAUAUGAGGGAGCAUCAGAAAUUAGAGUCUCUGCUGGCUCAAACUGACACUCAGCUGGACCUUCUCAAAGAAAGCCUUCCGCUCUCAGAUGUCAAGGAGGCAGAUAUCGAGCGUUUCCUGAGCCCUUGCGUUACCGUGGCUGCUCAGGGCCGUGACGCCCACAAUGCCAGGCUGCAGCACCACAAGCUGCCCUGGUGGCGGACUUUGGAUGGCAUGACUGCAGGACCUGCACACAUGAAGGACAUGUGGGAUAAAAAUGAUAUAAAAAAAUAAAAAUGAACAUUCAUAGUGACUGUAUACUGAUUUCAAUGUACGGUGGCUAUGAAGUGUUAAAAAAAAACGUGUUAAAGGUUAGUUGCUGGCACGUGCAUGCGGGGGGGGGCUUUUGUCAAAGUGUUUUUGUUUUCUUAAGUGUGUGUGUGUGUGUGUGUGUGUGUGUGUGUGUGUGUGUGUGUGUGUGUGAAAAUCUGUGCGGCCCAAAAUAACUCAAACUAAAAUAAUUCAGGUCUUCCUUCAGUCAGUCACGUCAUCCAGUUAGCAUUAGCAUUAUAAAAUGCCUCCUCAAUAAACAAAUAUAUUUGUCUCCUGCGGAAUCCCUGUCACUUGUGCAUUUUUGUGUAUGUGAUAAAGACACAUCUUCCACUGUGGAACACAAGUAAAUGCGGAUGGCCGAUAAUAUCGGGCCAAAAAAUAUGGUAUCGUGGACAUACAGCGUGUAGUUUACUCCUGGGAUAGGCUCAUGCGCCUUCUGGCCAUGACAGGGUAAGUAUACCGGAAAUGAAAGAAUGACCUCACCUGUGUCCUCUCCCCACUUGGACCGU